GUGUUUGGUGCAUUUAAUUCAUUUUCCACAUUUCGGACCAAUUCGGAAUGAUAGGCCAACGUUCAGUACGCAAUUAAUAAACCGUACCCUUGUGUGUUCAAAAUUUUCCAAAUCCUACAAAACUAUGGCCUUACUUCCACCGGAUCCGGUGUUUUGCUUGCGUUCGCCGGACAACUGCUCGUACUAUUCCCUGUGUUUCCGCACACCGGAGCACCUGUACGCCGGCACGAACAAAGGAAAUGUCCAGCUGUGGGAGUUGCAGACAAACCGUACAUCAUAUCAACUGAACGUAGGUUCCAGUCCCAUCCUGAACCUUGCACACUCCACCGAUGCCUUGAUUACUCAGGAAAAGGACGGUUCGGUAAAGCUGUGGACACUUGCCGAUGCCGAAUACCUAUUGCGCCACGAAAUCUCCUCCGAGCACGUUGGAUACUGCCGUCUGGCAUACGACGCACAAUCGAGUACUGUGAUAAUACCCCGUGAACGGGCAGCCAUCAGCGUCCUGUGCGCAAAAACCUUCAGCGAAACGAUGCGCUUGACUCCGACGGCCGACGACGAGAAGGUGUUACCGUACGGUACCGUAAUGUGCUUCCAGCCGAUUGAACUGCAGAGCCAGCGCUAUCUGCUUGCCGGGUACGAGUCGGGAACGCUCGUACUAUGGGACUACCGUACCGGACGUCCGGUCGGUUCGACCUCCCAUUACAUUACGGAUGAUGCCGAUUGCAUUCAAACGAUCGAUUACGAUCCGGUCACUAACCGUGGCGUUUGCGGUGGUUCUAGCGACAAACUGUCCGUAUUUUCAAUCGACCGUAAGUCGCACCAGCUGAUGCCCAAAAGUGAAAUUGGCAUCAAAAAUGCCGGUGUACAUCGGGUACGCAUUCGGAAGGAUUUGAAGGUGUUUGCUAGCUCCGGCUGGGAUGGAAGGUUGCGCAUUUUCUCCUGGAAAAGUCUUCGACCCUUGGCCGUACUUACCGAGCACAAGGGUGAAUUGUUGGAUGUCGCGUACUCUGAAGCGAAGGUCACCAUGUGGAAUGCUCCGGUGAUGGCUGCCGCCGGAAAAGAUGGACAAAUUUCACUGUGGGAUCUUUACAAAUGAACGCAUUGAAGCGAAACACCAACACUCACACGUGUUCUGAUAACACGCCUACUAUAUGAUACGCUUUUUUCUCAUUUCGUUGAAUUGAAAUAAAAUUUCCAUACGUUUUUUUUAAACAUUUAUAUUGUGGGGCUUCGCCAUCCUUAUGGUUCUCGUACGUGGUUACUUAUGAAAUAAUUGCUACGAAUAAAAUUCUAUACAGUAUGCCAGAACAUACAACCUC